AUGAUCUCAAAUUCAUCAGAUGAAGAUGAAAGCGACGAUAAUGCCGUGCCAGGAGAAGAAACGACACUUAUCACGGAGAGUUUGCCUUUACCGCGGUUUGUGGACAGCCCUACACCUUCCUUGAACAGCGAAGUUGAGGACACAGAUGAAGUUGAACGCAAAGAGAAAUUGAUGUUAUAUGUCUUUGUUCUACGCUGUAUUGCCUACUCUUUUAACGCUAAACAACAAACAGACAUGACCAGGCGGCAAAGUAAAAUAUCUAAGCAAGACUUGAGCGUAAUUAAAGCGCGGUUUGAGCAAUUCCUAAGCGGGAAAACCAGCAUUGAAAGUGAUAAAGCAUUUCAUGUGGCAGUCAAGUGCUAUUACGAUACGUUUCUCAGCAGUGAUCGUGUUUUAAAAAUGCUUGGAUGUGGAAGUUGUACAGCCAGUGAUUUCCGUGAGAUUUUUAAAAGCAGUAUUGAGAAACGGGUACGAAAUGUGCCAAAUGGUUUAACUAUAGAGACCAUUCUCAACUCAUGGAUGGCAAAAUUUGAUACGAUUUACAGAGGAGGGGAAGAGCGCUCAUCGCAUCGUUCGCCCGCUCGUAUGACCGGCAUUACAUCCAGCAGUGAAAUGAUUUUAUCCAAAGAUCAAUUAUAUGAAAUGUUCCAGACAAUUUUAGGGGUAAAGAAAUAUGAGCAUGCUAUCUUGUAUAACGCUUGUCAGGUAUGUGUUACGUGGAUAAAAAGCUUGGAGACAUUAUGCAGGUCUAUUUAAAUAUUCGCUGAUGGGUAAUUUUUGAAAUUCCAUAUUUGUUAAGUGGUUACAUGUAUGUCCUGUUAGAUGAGCAGUUACUGAUUAUUGAUCAGAAGAUAAUAUCAGAUAUAAUAAUGGUUUAUCAAUGAACAAUUGAUUUGCCACAUUACAAAUGUGAGCUGUUGAUUACAAAUAUGAUCUAAUCAGUAACAUGUUGAAAUAACACAAGAAAUUAAUUACUAUUAAUAGGUUUCAUGCUGUUCACAUGAGCUGGGAUGAAUCGUGUCACAAAAUUCCCCCUGAAUCAGCCUGGCUGCAUAUGAACAGCCCCUUAGCGCUGUCAUGCGGCACUCAUGGCCAAUCUGCUGUUAUUAGAGCUUCCUAUGACCAAUCAGUCCUGUACUACUGAAAUGCGAUGAUAACACUUAAUUGACAAAUAUUGUUUUGAUUUCUUAGCCCUGUGCCCAGUAUAUUAUAUCAAUUGUUAUAUUUAGCUGGACAAUGCAGACGAACAAGCAGCAUGUAUAAGACGGGAAUUACAAGGGAGAAUGGAUGCUCUUGCAGGAGGAAGUAAGGUACCUUAUGUUAUGUUUCUCUAUGUACCAACAGUCUUGUACCGUGAGUCAAUGAACUUCUGUGCAGGUUUUUACAAUAAGUAAAUUAUCUAAUUGUGCAAAUGUUUUCACGAACAGGCUUUGCCAGUGUUUGUUCACAAGAAUAUGAAAGCCAUUUACGUUGAUGAACAAAAGACGCAGAUCAAUCAACUUAAAACUAACCUCGACAGCUUACCUGUAUCUAAUGUUAAAACAAAACCACUAAAGUAAGUGCCAAAUAUGUAUCAGCCACCUUAAGUGGCUACCAUUACUGUAUGCACCAGCCACCUUAAGUCACUACCAUAAGCAUGCACCAGCCACCUUAAGUGACAAUUAUAAUUAAAUUGUACACCAGCCACCUUAAAUGUCAACCAUAAGUACACACCAGCUACUUUAAGUGACCACCGUAACUCCACACCAGCCCCCUUAAAUGGAGGUACAGUGGUAUACUACACACCAGCCACAUUAGGUGGUAACUAUUGGUACCAUAUGCACCUGCAGCCACCUUAAAUGACUACAGUAAUAAUGUAAUGACCAUAAGUAUACAAUCUGCACCAUUAAUCAAUAUUGAAUAACUUCCGUCCAUUAUCAUGCUUGAAGUAUUAUGCUCUGUUCUGUAGAAGUACAGCUGUGUUGGUAUCAGAUUUGUCCGAUGCUGAUAGAGUUUUGUCUCCUUCUGAUGUUGUAUUGUCCUUUACCAUUGAAGUGUUAAUCAUGGAGGCAAAGGGAAUAAAACUUCCUGCACAGAAAAUUGUAUAUUGUACCAUGGAGGUUUGUGCCUGUAAAAAACUAAGUGCAUGAUUUAGAAAAGUUGUCUAGAACACACCGAACCGAAUCUAUAUGUUAAAGUGGAACUAACCCCAAAUAUGAUUUUUGGUAUGUGUAAUAUUUGUGUCAUUUGGAGAAAAAAUGUAUCUUAAUAUAGCUUGAUCAACUUUUUCAUCUUGAUCAACUUUUUCACUGUCACAGUUGCUGGAUAUGAUGUCAUUAGGUGAAUUGCAAACUAGUUUUCCUUAAGUUGUUUUUUUGUACCAAAAAUUCACCUACUGACCUCAUAUCUGGAACUUUGAUCUGUGCAUCAGUUCUGCUCAUAACAACGGGGGACCCCCAGAUAUAAACAUUGCUCAAAUUUUGCAUCUUUCAAACUUUUUUGAAUUGAAACGUAGAGUUUAUAUUCAUUUACAAGUAUAGCGAACCAGAAAAGUGUUAGAUAUUCAGUUAGUAUAUCAUAUUUUACAAAUAUAGCAGUUCAAAAUGUAAACAAAGUUUGCGCAUGUGCACAGGAGUGCACAUCAUCUUUAAAAUAGAUCUUCUUUUCCAGGUGGAAGGAGGAGAAAAAUUUCAAACAGAUCAAGCGGAAGCCUCGAGACCUAAGUAAUGGACUAAAAUGUUUCUGACAGAACUACAAGUGAUCAGAUGAGUGUUUUUUAACCAUAAUUUCCGAGUCUUAAAUUUCUAAAAUUUGCCUGUUUCGUUCAGAUGGGAUACACAAGGUGACUUCACGACAACACAUCCACUGCCUGAAGUGAAGGUGAAAUUAUUAUUAGAAAACACAGGAAUGCUGGCCUUUGAUGACAAGGAACUAGCCAAGGUUUUGAUAAAACUUGUUUACUUUAUGCCUGUAUAUUUAGUUUUUUUGCAGUAGCCCAAAAAAAUUUCAGUUAGCCCUGCGUGGUCCAAACUUGCUUCGCUUGAAGCUUGCAAAUUGCGACAGGGAACAAGGCACCAAAGACAUUUUUUUGAGUUAUGUUUGACUGGUUUCAUAUUGUCAAAAUUGAGUGUCCACAAAUUUUUCUCAAACCCGAUUGGUCGAAAAUUUUCAUUUAUCAAGCCGAAAACGGAGUUCUGGCUUUUGAAAACGGAGUUCUGGCAGUUUAAAACGGAGUUCUGGCAGUUUAAAACGGAGUUCUGGUAUUUGAAAACGGGGUUCUGGCAUUUGAAAACGGAGCUCUGGCAUUUGAAAACGGAGUUUUGGCUUUUGAAAACGGAGCUUUAGCAUUUGAAAACGGAGUUCUGGCAUUUGAAAAGGGAGUUCUGGCAUUUGAAAAGGGCGUUUUGGCAUUUGAAAAGGGAGUUCUGGCAUUUGCAAACAGAGUUUUGGCAUUUGCAAACAGAGUUUUGGCAUUUGAAAACUGAGUUUUGGCAUUUGAAAACGGAGUUUUGGCAUUUGAAAACGGAGAUCUGACAAAUAGACAAAUAGGCCCCGGUGGACAUAGACUUUACUUUUGCUGCGUGGAAAACUUUACGUUUGUUAUUUCGCAAAUCUUUCGAUCGGGGAUCCCAGAUCUUUAUUCAAAAGAAACGAAUGUUUAAUCAAUGUUUGUAAAUCGGAUAAAGAUUUGUCCUGGUUUACAUAAACUUCAACUUUGAUUCUCUUGGCUUAGACAUGCACGUUUAUUUUUAACGCUUUAUUUUUAACGCUUUAUUUUUAACGCUAAUUACUUCGCCAAUGAACUCAUAAGAUGGGUCGUUUUUUUUUAAGCACGUUAAAACAUUUGCAUCUGAUCUUUAUCUGACAUACAAACUCUCGCCUUCGGCUCGAGUUUGUAUAUCAAUUAAAUCGGCUGCUCAUGUUUUAACUAGUACACAUUUAACAUUAAUAUCAUUUGCAUUCAGAACUCAGAGCCUUUUCUCUGUCUUUUGUUAGUUGACCUGCCAUCCUUACCCCGGAUUUACUGAAGAUUCUAGAUGGUACAAUGCUAUUCCUGUCAAAGGCUCACCCACAGAUAAAAUUCAAAUAAAAAUGAGAGUGAAGAUGGAUAAACCUCUUAACCUGAAGAAAUGCGGGUGAGUUGAGGGAAGAAUGGAAUCGAAUUGAAUGGAAUGAAGGUGGAAGAGAAUAAGAGUGGAACAAAAUAAAAUUGAAAAGAGUGGAAUAAAAUGGGAUUGAAUCGAUUGGAAUAGAAUUGAGUGGAAAAGAAUGGAAGAGAAUAGAGUAGAAUAAAGUGGAAUGAAAUGCAAUGCAAGGAAACUGAGAAAAAUAAAUAGAACAUCUCAACACUGCAUUUCACUCCUGAUAGUUAAAGUCCUCAAAUAAAGACCAAUCUGUUGUAAUUUCUUUCCCAGGUACAUAUAUUCCAAAGGUUUGAAUCUUUGGAAGAAAUGGAAGAAGAGAUAUUUUGUUCUUCUACAGGUGAGAAUCAAUAUUCUUGUGUUCUGAAGAAUUUUUUCUGGUGCCCAAGUAGGAAUAUAUUUCACAUGUAGGGAAUAUUGCAGUAAGCGUUCAAGGGCAAUAGAUGAUGAUAAGUGCAGGUUGACUGCAAUAUAUCUGCUUCUCCACUGGAGUGAUGAACGAUUUUGAUUUGUAGGUGAGUCAAUACACAUUUGCUCUGUGCAGUUAUCAUGAGAGAAAAGGUGAACCAUAUGAAAUGAUUCAACUGGAUGGAUAUACCGUGGAUUAUACUGAACAGCCGCUAGGUAAACCAGAAUAAUUAUUUAUACUGGAGAGCUCAGUUCCAAACUGUUCUCCCAAGAGGUCCAGUAAGGUUUAUCUCUUAUUGAUCCAGUGUUACUGCAGGAGGGAACAUAAACUAAACUAACUUUAUUUUUACUGGAUAGCUCUAUCAGUUCUAAACUCUUCUUCCUAGAGGUCCAGUAAAGUUUAUCCCUUAUUGAUCCAGUGUUACUACAGGAGGAAACCUAAACGAAACUAACUGUAUUUGUACUGGAUAGCUCUAUCAGUUCUAAACUCUUCUUCCUAGAGGUCCAGUAAGAUUUAUCCCUUAUUGAUCCGGUGUUACUACAGGAGAAAAUCACAGUACCCUGAAACCCCUGGACACAGAUGUUUCUACAAACUAUUUUGCGGAGGACUACAUUUGAUGCGUAUCCUUUACUUAAUUACGCUAAAACUACUGUUACGUAUAAUUUUCGUUUUCUUCAGACGACGAACACGAAGGUGGGAAAUAUUUCUUUGGUUGUGUAAAGGAGGGAAACAGUGUCACAUUCUCAACAGAUGAUGAAAUGGAAAGACAAAUGUGGGUGCAUAAGAUCUCACAAGCCACUGGACAGUCAUACAGACCUGUAGCACCCAAAACCUUGGAAAUUGGAACACCAAAAACUAACUCGUUGACGAAACUGAUGGGGGGUAAGGAACGCGCGCUAGUCUUCUGCGCUUAUCGCAGUCAUACAAGAUGUCGAAAGACAAAGUCUGUAAAGUUGGCCACAGUUGUGAGACCAGGGUGUAAUAUAUGUUAUUAUUAUAUAAAGUAUAGUGCUUUAUAGAGAUUUCGAGCACUGAUAAAAGUGAUAAUCUCACAUGUGAGAUUAUUUAUGAUAAUUCAUGUGAAAAUGAUCGCUUUUCAAUUUUCGCUUUUCUGUAAAAAUUAUCGCUUUUUAAAGACUGUCCUUUAUAUAAUAAACAGAAAAAUACAUGGAUGCUUGGAAAUACCAGAUUUAUUUCUCGUGUUGAACAUGAUAUCUCACUCGUUCGCUGCGCUCACUCGUGCGAUAUCAUGUUCAACACUCGAAAUCUGGUAUUUCCGCGCACCCAUGUAUUAUUCUCUAUUUCUUUCUAGACACGGAUCGUGCGAGGAAAUUCGGACUGGACGAGGCAAUCCAGGCAGAUCCCAGUAAAGUUGAUCAUCAUGCGUUGUUUAAAUUACUGCAAUUUCUUACCUUGGAGUUUCGUCUUAAUGACACGUAUUCCUGCUUGGUAAGUCUUCCCUUCUCUUCUUCUUUCUCUCCACAGUAGAAGAAAUGCCUUGACUAACGGAAGCACGGACGGAACUGAGUUAAUCCUGGUAGUGUACGUUAAGCGUUGGGUGUUACUUGUUCUGACUCAAAUGCGCGAACGCAUUAGCGCUGCUUGCAGACACAUUUUGAAUUUGUGCAGCCACUAACAUUUCUAACAAUAGUUAGCUUUCAAAACAUAAAAUACGAUGCAUUUUUGCAGACAUAUUUAAAGUUAAGAAUUUUGCUUUUCAUUUUCCAGGGAUGGUUUUCACCAGGACAGUUGUUUGUCUUGGACGAGUACUGUGCGAGAUACGGAGUACGUGGAUGUUGUCGUCAUCUGUAUUAUCUUCUCGACCUGCUUGACAAGGCUGAGUCUGGGAUCAUGAUUGAUCCAACAUUGCUCCAUUACAGCUACGCAUUCUGCGCCUCACACGUACAUGGCAAUCGGUAAGACUAUUCGUCCAUUUCUUCAUGCUGGACCAUUGAACUAUAAAUAAACUGGAAGGCUAACUCAGGGAGGGGAUUGAAGCCAGUGCAUUUUAGUUUUUCUGAGUUAUGAGCAGAAAUACUCAACACUGAACGUUGUGCUGUAUAUGAAAAUGAAGCUGUUGAGAAAAACGCUAUUUGGUGUAGAAAUUUCAAGACUUUAGCUAAAAGGGAAAUAUUUAAAAAACUAUAAAAAUAAUUGCCGAUAAUUUGCCAUUUUUUGGCCGAAUGGUAGUUGUAAAAGACAGUUGUAUUUUUAAAAUAUUUUUCUUUUUGCUGAAGUCUUGAAAUUUCCACACCGAAUAGCAAUUUUCAAUAGCUUCAGUUUGAUAUAUAGCCCAACGUUUGGGAUCUGCUCAUAACUCAGAAAAACUAUUUUGGCUUCAGCAAAUCAUAGGCCUUCAUCAUAGCAGUUCGCCUUCCAGUUUACUUAUAGUUCAAUGUGCUGGACUGCCACGGCGCUGAACUGUCUUCACUAUACCCGAAUUCAUUCUAAAGGCCAGUUUACACUUGCGAUUUUCUUCUUCUGAUGGAUGUGAACGAGUAGAUGAGUUGUGAAUGUUGGGAUGAAGGUACAUAUACUCAGAACAUUCAUAAUUCAUCCACUCGUUCACAUCCAUCAGAAGAAGAAAAUCGCACUAGAAAUCGCAGCAAAAAUUGCAAGUGUAAACUGGCCUUAACGACUGCAAGUCCAAGUUCGUUUUGUUGAGCAAAAACUCUCAUCCUGCAGCAAUAUCGAGAGUUGUCUGAUCCAGUUGUCUGAUCAUAAUUUUUCCUUAGUCUCAUGUCAGAAAAGUGCUUAGACUCUACCAAAAACCACAGGUCGUCUCCAGAUACUUUGCUUUCCUCCUGUAGUAACACUGGACCAACCAGGAAUGGUUAAAACUGAAACAUCAAUGUUCGGGAUUAAGUAUUUCCUGGACCAACCAGGAAUGGUACUGGACCUCUACAGAGGACAUUUUAGAACUGAGCUGUCCAGUAUAAAUAAAGUUAGUUUGGCAUGAUUGUCUUACUCGCUUACAAAUUGCCUUCUCUUCUUCCUUAGUCCUGAUGGCAUUGUGACAAUCACGACAUUUGAAAAAGACACAUUUGACGAAGUCAAGGAAAGACUCUGGAAUUUACUCACAAGCCAGAUUAUAAACUUCAGGUAUAUGAAUUUUGAAUAUGCUUGUCAAGAAGACCAAACGUCUGAUCAUUUUAAUAUAAUUCCUUCAUGGUUUCUAGAUAUUCGUUUCCAUUCGGUCGACCUGAAGGAGCUCUCAAAGCUACAUUAUCUUUGUUUGAAAGGGUAACUAGUCUAAGAAUGUACUUUUUAAUACAAACCACUUUCGUAAUACCAAGAAUGAGUAUUAAGAUGGCAGUAUGGCACAUAAAAGAAUAUUUAAAUCCAUCUCUGAUAUUAAAAUGGUCUGUUCGUAAAUCAACAUGUAGAGAAUGUAUUCUUUAUCUUCACAUUCCCGUAAUGUCAUUCCUUCUGGUGCUUCCACUCAGGUUAUGAUGAAAGAUAUUUCAACGCCAGUUCCUCCAGAUGAAUUUCAAGCCGAGAUGCGAAAAUGUUUAAAGAAAGCUUCUCUCGUCAACUACACGAAAGUAUCAAAAUUUGUGAAAAUCGAGGGUAAGUUUGUUUGAAAUCUAUUCCAGUGGUUGUAACAUUUUACGGUUAAAACUAACCUUGGUUUGUCAAACGCAUCGCGUAAAAAUAUGGAAAAACUCCCAUCUGCAGAGGAGAGAAUUUUUGCACACAAAAUGUAAUAAUUCUUGUCUCUCUUCACUAAAGAUUUUAGCUGCCCAGACACAAAUCCAGUGGACCGUCUUGACGCGAUUUAUCGCCUGGCUGAUUAUUGUAUUGAUCUCUUGCAACAAAAUGAAGAACACCAUGGCGAGGUGAGAGCAUAUUACUUCAGUGCCACUGAGCGCUAUAUAUAUAUACUGAAGCAAGAACUUCAGUCACUCGACCUAUGAGGAUCUCUGGGAAGAACAUUUUAGAACUGAUAUCCAGUUUAGUUUAGGUUCUUCCUGUGGUAACACUGUAAAAGAUGGACUUCUAGAGAGAACAGUUUAAAACUGAUAGAGCUAUCCAGUAUAAAUAAAGUCAUUGUAGUUUAGGUUUUCUCCUGUAGUAACACUGGAUCAAUAAGAGAUGAUCCUUACUAGACCUCUAGGGAGAACAGUUUAGAACUGAUAGAGCUAUCCAGUAUAAAUAAAGUAAGUUUGGUUUAAGUUUCUUCCUGCAGUAACACUGGACCGACAAAGGAUGGUUCUUACUCUGUAGGAAGAAGAAUUUAGAGCUAACCAGCAUAAAUCAAUUCUCUCUUUUUAUCAGGCAUUGGAGUGGUUCUCGACGCUAAUGGUGGAACACACGGAAUUAUUUUGGUCUUUAUUCACAUUUGAUUUAGACGCGGCGUUAGACGUUCAGCCACCUGAUACCUGGGACAGUUUCUCAUUAUUUCAACUGCUCAAUGAUUAUUUUAAUAAAGAACGUGAGUAGAUCUAGCGAGUUCGUAGAUUUUCCUGCUACAAUGUGGUGUUGGCGACGCGCUGUUUAGUGCCUUUCACCACCAUAUCUAUUGUAUAAUUUCUCUUCUAGUCAGUUUACGUAAUGGUCUAUGUCAUAACCACGUACAAAAUAAGUUUGCACCGCUGGUCAUCCGUUACGUCGAUCUCAUGGAGUCUUCCAUUGCUCAGUCCGUGCAUAAUGGUUUUGAAAAAGAGUCCUGGGCACCAGUCGGGUAAGAUGGUGUAAUCGUAUUACGUACAGUACCACACAGUACUUAAUACAGAGGUCUUACUUCAGGUUGAAUUAGCGUAAGGGAUUUUUUCAGUUCGCCAUGUUCUUAGCAUGUAAAUACUCUGUAACAGUACCUUCAGCAAUUCCUUCAUGUGUGCAUAAAGCACUACGAUAAUGCUUAGUGAAAGCCAUCUAUACAAAUUUCAACUCUUUGCUUUCAUUUCAGGGAAGGAUGUACGUCGUCUGAGGAUAUGUUUUAUAAACUAAGUGCUUUGAAAGGAUUCACUGAUGAUCUUCAUUGGCCUGAGAAAGAACUCGCUUCUCAUCUCAGUCAGAGAAUUGAACUAAUGGCUUCUGAUAUGAUUGAAGCUUGUGUUAAGAGGUAAUAGACAUUCACAGGUAGCGGUUGUUAUCCCUGGCUGCUGUAGUUUUAUAAAGUGAGUUUGACCUUGUACUGUUUCUAAUUAUUCGUGUUUCAUCAGGGUUCGUGAGGCGUUCUCCAGUUGGACAAAACGUGGACGAUACACUACAGAUUACGUCAUGCCUCAACAGCUCUGCGUCAUGUUCAAUGUGAUUGCACAGGCCAAGAAACAAGUAAGAUAUUGAGAUAGCUUUUCUGAUCUCUGAAAACACUGGAUUGAGCAAGUAUACAGCAAGGCUAGCAUUGUAUUUCAAAUCUUUUUCUUCUUCAUAAACAGGCGAUGGAUAUUUGUAAAUCAACGGCGGAACUCAGAAAAAGAAGUAGAGGAGGAAAUCAUGCGGAGGUAAAUUUUGCAAUUCCUGCUUUUAAUUUAUGCGCGCAGGGGGUGACGGGAAGUAAUCAAGUAAGGUAUCGUAUUGCUGAUUAUGCUGAAAAAUUUCCAUUAAAAACUGCCGAAACAACCAAAAUAUUUCAUUAUUUACAAGUAUAAGCUAUGACCCCAUGUUUACACGGCCGCCAUUUAUUUUUUCAGCAUAAUCAGCAAUAUGAUGCCUUACUUCCCAUCUUCCUCUGCACGCAUAAACUAAAAGUUGGAAUUGCCUAUUGAUAGCAGUUUUCAUUGUUAGUUCUAACUUGUGCUUGACCAAGGUUUUUACCAUUGAACAUGUUUGGUAGCUUAUCGGAAACGGAUCUAGGCUCAUCUGCAAGGAGGGGUGCAGGUUUUUCAUGGGGUAGUGCGAAAUCGACACGCAAAUUCGAAAAGCAGAAAAUGUAUGGUCAAGCACAUUUUUUAGGGUGCUGCCGGACUUCUCUAGGGGGACGCUAGACACCACUAGGUGGGGUGAUCUCCCCGCUCCCACACGGUAAAUACGCCCCUGGUGCUUAUAUGUAUAAGCCCGAUUCAUACAACGAAUAAAGAGUUGAUUCUUUUUCUUCUAGCAUUUAUACCACCCUGACGUGCGAGACUUUAUUAUGGACACUGAAGAUAUCUUCAACACAGAAUUAGUGGAAAAAGUAAACGAUAUUUUCUUCCUGGGUUCAUGGUUUCAUAAAGAAAAUUUAUUCUGAUUGUGAUUUUCUUUGGUGUAUUUAGAUUGAUAUCGUAUUAGAGGGACUUUUAAAAAAGUUAUCGAGAUACGACCAAGGGACAAUUAAGUCUCAUAUUUUCUCUCUGUCGGUGAGUGACAGUAGUAACACUAGAGCAGGGAGAUAUGGCUCUUACUGGACCUCUAGGAAGAACAGUUUAGAACUGAUAGAGUUAUCCAGUAUAAAUAAAGUUAGUUUAGUUUAGGUUUCCUCCUGUGGUAACACUGGAUCAAUAAGAGAUGAUCCUUACUUGGACCUCUAGGAAGAACAGUUUAGAACUGAUGGAGCUAUCCAGUGUAAAUAAAGUUAGUUUGGUUUAGGUUUCCUCCUGUGGUAACAAUAGAGCAGUAAGAGAUGAUUCUUACUGGACCUCUAGUGAGAACAGAAAUUGUAGUGCUGUCCACCAUAACCAACUUGAUAGUUUAGUAUAGUGGUCUUUUGUAAGGCAGAUAUUGUCAGAGUUUUAAUUUGCGUUUUCUGUGAUAAUUUAGUCGCAGACAGACGAAACCAGAAUCAAAUAUAUUCAGUUUUGUCAAGCAAAUCUUGGGCAAAUGAAAAACUCUAUCCAUGAUAAUAAAAUACGCAAAAAGUUACUGAAGGUAAGUCCAGCUUAACACUCUAAUGUUCGGUCUGCACUCAAGCAAAAUCGGUAAGUGUCUCUUUCACAUUAUGUCAUUUCUUUUUUUAGUAUUGGUAUAGUCACAUGAUGAAACUUUUGGUCACGUGGCUUACAGACAGAAUGUCAUUAAAACUUCAUCCUCAUCAAUUGCAUACCCUCUUUCCUUUAGUGAAGGUAAGAACCGAAACUAAAGUAACUAUUUAUACCAGAUAGUUCUAUAGCAGUUCCAAUUACAGGUCUCAAGAUCCAUCCCUUAUUGUUCCAUUGUUACUACAGGGGGAACCCUAAACUAAAUGUCCUAAAUGGUGAGUGAGGUUUGACCGGUCAGAACGGUCAAAUUGUUGAAUGAAACACAAAACUUUUUUUUUUAAUAACUUGACAAUCAAUAAGAUCGAAGGUCAGGACAACGGAACAGAAGUUCCCAAUUAAGUCCCACCAAGACAACACAGAUACAGACGUACAUAAAAAAAACUAUUUACAACAGUAAAAAUUAAUCUCGAUUGAAGAAUGCUCGAAUGGUUAAUCUAUUAUCAUUUGCGCUCCAUUUUCGCUAGAUAUUUGAGAAACAUAGACCAGAUCUUUCCAUUGAUACAGAGAAAAGAAUUCGGGUCUGACCGGUCAGGCCAUUAAAUGGAAAGCGCCCUUAGUUGAUGUCGCUCGAUUCGCUGGUAUCGUGUAACUGGGGCCUCAGCUGCCCAUGAGAAAGACCAAACCCCCAAUGGUUUCCUUAAGUACUACCAUUUUCUCCUAUUUGGCACAUGGAUCAAUAAGGGACGGCUCUUAUUCCAGAGAGAGCAGCUUAGAACUGAUAGAGCUAUGCAGAACAAAUCAAGUUUUUAUUUGUGUUUUUUGUGUUAUAUAUAGUCGUUUCCAGAAGACUUUGACACGUAUGGCCUUAAAUCAUCACGUAUUCUUCACAGCUCGAACUAUAGACGUGUUCACAGUCGACUGCAGGUGGAAGAGACACUAGAGAGUGGCGAGGGAUCUAUAUUGCUAUCUAAUGACAAUCAGGAACGUUAUAGUGACAGUGAUGAUGACUCGGACUUUAGUGAGGAAGAUUAG